AUGAAUCCGGUUAUCACGAAUCUGGGAGUGAUGCUCGUUAUGAUGCAGGUAUCUCGUCGUCUUGAUAUGGAGGACGAGUUCACCGUCAAAUGUAUCCGUAUUGCCUAUGUUGUCUCGAACCUGAUCAUCUUCGGACUGUACAUGUACACCCGCACCAUCAUCAACAAGAAGCGUGACCUCACGACGCUGAAGUACAUGGAGCAGCCUAGUGCUUUUGCCGCCGACAGCGAGGGCAAGCUCAUCACUACCACCGUGCACCAGUACGACCUUGACCAGGUCAACGCCGCCAUGAAGUCCGCGUUGCAGGGCGUGGGCAUGAUGGCCUUCAUGCAUCUCUACAUGAAGUACACCAAUCCGCUCAUCAUGCAGAGCAUCAUGCCCCUCAAGAGCGCUGUGGAGCAGAAGAUUGUCCAGAUCCACCUCUUCAACAAGCCGUCCACUGGCGAUCUCAAGCGUCCCUUCAAGGCUCCUUCCAUGUUCGGAGAUCUUGCUGGCGGCGCUGCCACCGACAAGAAAACGGUCGAGGCCGCUGAGACUGCUGGAAAGGGCGGAAUCAAGGAAGAGUAA